ACAUCUUUUUCCGGGCUAGUCUCUUUCGGUCAACAUGGUCUUCAAGUUCUCCGAGUGCAGUACAGUAUCGUACAUUAAACUUCGCUACAUCCACUACAAUGGACAACGGUCAAGAUCAGUGGACGAAGACAUGACUCCGAGUCAAAGCGCUCGCUUUCAUGCUCGAAGGGCCAUGUCUUUCCAACUGACAUAGACCAGACUACGGCUAAGACCAUUUGUUGCGCUAUAGACAAUGGCGCUCUUGGUCGUGUCGGCCAAGGAUGUCGCCAAGAUCGCAACGACAGUCAAUCCCCAGGAGUUGACUGAUCUCAUGGCACAGGUCUUCUAUAGCUUGUCCAAAGCAGAGAAGUCCACUGGCGAUGCCUCAGGAAUGCACCAGCCUCAUCGCAUCUCCGUACCUGUUACCAACCACACUGCGCUGUUCAUGCCUUCGCGCAUCGAGCCCUUCGGCACCGCCAUCAAGGUAGUAUCCGUUCCUACCUCUACGGCGCCACAAGCGGUCAGAGAGGCUGGAUUACCGGGGACAACGCUUGUCCUGGACGAGACAUCUGGUGCAGUCAAGGCACUUGUCAAUGCCAGACAACUGACAGCGCUCAGAAAUGCAGCCGGAUCACUGCUUGCUACUCGCUUGCUCCUCGUCCCCGAUGCGCAGCCUCGCGAACUGGUGGCCUUCGGAGCAGGUGCUCAAAUCGCUGCGCAUAUAUCUCUCUUCCUGAAGCACUUCCCAACGAUCACGUCAUGCACGAUCUUCAACCGCUCAGUCAAUUCAAGGCUAUCAAGCCUCGUCUCCACCUUGAAAGCUGAGGUCGAGGGAGUUGGCAUUGGUGCAGGAAUUCUGCCCAAGGACGCGCAGGACGUGGCCUUUCGCAGAGCGGUGCAAGGAGCCGAUCUUAUCAUUACCGCCACGUCCUCGACUGCUCCGUUCUUCCCCUCCGAAUACGUCAAGCCUGGGGCUCAUCUGUGUCUGAUUGGCUCCUACACACCGCAGAUGCACGAAAUCGAUACUGAUUUGGUCAAACGCGCCGGUAAGAUCAUAGUCGACUCUCGCGCAGCGUGUCUGGUCGAAGCCGGUGAGUUGAUCACAGCAGGAGUCGGGCCAUCCGACUUAGUUGAAAUCGGGGAACUGGUACAACCCGACGCCAGUGGCUCAGCGUGGAUCGCUCAGGACGAGCUGGUGCGCGAGGUACGAGCGGCCGGAGACGUCACAAUCUUCAAGUCCGUUGGUGUUGGUGUACAGGACGUCGCCAUUGCAUCUGCCGUCGCGAGCAGAGCGGAGCGAGAGAACAUCGGGACGAUUGUAGCAGACUACGAUGGAAUGUCCUGAAUAGAUGGUCAUAAUCGAGCAUAGUCCAGUAUCAACAGCAGUCUAUCCACAUCAUCAUGCACUAGAAAACUAUUACGCACGGAAACCUAACAAAGCAGUAACAAGCGAACACAGCGGUAUACAACGAUGCAGCGGUCGCGAGAGACGAGAGACGAGACGAGACGAGACGUAGGACGAGAGGGAAGGAAAGUGUACGCUACAGUGAGACAGGCGGGGGAGAGAUAUAGACAGUAACAGUCAGACGUUGCCGUAGAGAGAUUAGAUGUCUGUGUAGUAUAGCCCGAUAGCCAGGGGAUAGGCAAGGAAGUGGGGGAAGAAAAGCGGGGCGAUCGAUAUAGAUAGACGGAACUCUAGGUGUCGAUAUAUAAACGGGUAUUAUGCGAUGCUGAAGACG